AUGGCGGCAAAGGAGCCAGAGCUCUUGAUAAGAGCUAAAACCUUCGACCAGAUCGACGGCAUUGCGGCGAAAUGCGUGGCCCUUGGCGUGCCCACCACCUGUGAGCUGGUCGUCGAGAUCGCUGAUGAUCACGAUGCCCGGCUGUCGUAUCGCCCGCCACUGUCUGAGCAGGUGCCCGGCUCAAGAAGUGCAACACACCAGGGCUUUCGUCUCAGAGACGGACAGGAUCAAUUCUGCACAUGCGAUCUGGACCAGCGCCACAAAAGCCAGUUCGACUUGAUGCGAGAAAGGAGCUGCCAGCAGGCCCAGGAGCGUUGGCUGGAGGUAACAAAGCUCUACAACCAGCUGGUAGAGAGCGGCGUCUUCCACCACGAGGCCUACAGUGUGCCGGGCGCUGGUGUCCCGCCGGAAGGGUUCGCGACGGACGCCGUGAUGCUCGAAGCACGGGCGAUGGAGGCAGACCUGACGAUGUGUUACUGCAACCUUGGGGGCUGGCAGGACCGCAUGAGAGAGAUCCGCAGGAAGUAUGGACUUUGA